GUGAAGCUGUCGGAUGAGCCGCGUGCGGCUCGUGCAGCAGCAGGACCGCGCGCGGCUCGAUGAGAGGACCGCGGCCGGCCCCUGGAUAAGGUGAGUAACGCUACAGGAUCUUUUUAAACAUUUUUAUUCCUAAUUGUUUCUUCAGGUUAUAAUGGAUUUAUUUUUCACUUUUUAUUUGGUAUUUACUGAAAAAUCUGAAGUUAAUGAUUUUUUUUUACAUGUAAUUGAUAUAUUGGGUCCCCGGCCUUCACUAUUAUUAGGGUGAAGGCAGUGUGUGAUGUUCCGGCUGUCUAUGUGUGUGAUUGCCCCAUAACCACUGCAAUCCUAUCAUCCCCUCGUCACCCAUAACCUCAUAAUCCACAAAUUAUCUCCAGCCUCAACCACAUCACACCUAUAAUCCUAUGAUGGCCCAAACAAUCAUUUCGCAUACAUAUGCCCCUCAGCUACCCUAACCUAGUCACCUUUAUCACCAGGGCCACCAUUAUAAUUCUUGGGAUCCAUUACAAACCAAGUGAUGGAACCCCCAACACACUGCCAGAAAGAGACACACACUCUCAAAGAGAAAUGCAAACACAUAUAUAUGCAUUAAAAAAACUCACUGGAUACAAACAUAGACAAAUAUAGGGUAUACACUCACAGACACACACAAAGGUACAUAGAGAUACAUACUGUUAGACAUGUACAUACACCCAAAUACACAUUGUCAGGCACACACACAGAUACAUAGUACUGCGCACACAAAUACUAAACACGCACUUAGCUAAACAUACAAAUGAGCAGUGCUCUACACACAUAAACUCUACAAACACUGCUACCCACACAAACACUACUACACAUAUACAUAAGUGUAAUACUUGUGCCAAAGUUAUUUGGAACUCAACCGCAUGUGAAUGAAGAGAUUCGAUACUGUCACUUUAAGAAAAUAAUAUUUCUUGAAAUAAAGCAAUUUUGCUUUGGCAAUCUUCUGUUGUAAUAAGAUUCUAAAAUGAUAAAGCAUGAGUAAAGAUAAUCUUGCAGGUAAUUGUUUCAAUCCGAAUCACGUUCGGCAAAAUUAAAUUAAAUAAGGCAACUCCUUAAUUAUUAAUAAUAAAGUUCUCUUAACUUCAGCAAUCAUAACACACAGCUAAUUCGUCUUAGAAAAUGAAACAGAGUCCUUUAGGUUCUGGUAGAAGUAAAUAAUGAGAAGGUCUCGUUAGGAGAUGAGUAGCUGAAUCCAAGAGGGCAGACAAUUAUAUUCCUUCCUAUCCUUCCCAAAAACUUCAGGUUUGAACCAAUUAAUAAUCCCAAGAACUGGAGAACGUAUUCUGCUUACUGUGAAUGGUGGGCAUUGAAGUCCUUUCCAGAAUAGGUGAGGGUUGUGGUUCCUUGAAGUAUGUAGAGGAAUAGAGGAAGUGGUGAUGUCUGUUCCAAAGUCUGGGAGUGGAGCAGUCAGGAGAAAGCCAGUGGAUUCGGUACACAGAGAAGUUAGUGUUGUCAGGAGCGAGCCAGAGGGUUCGGUAAAAAAGGAAGACAGCGUUGUCAGGAGUAAGCCAAAAGGUUCGGUACACUGAGAAACUGGUUGUAAAGCUCAGACGGCAAUCUGCAACAAAGUAGCAAGUAUGCGAGAGGCACAAAUCACAAAUUGAUUGAGCAAUCUUGAUUAGUUCUCGGAUUCCUUUUCAAAGGGACGCGCGUGACGUCAGACGCAUGGGCAGAGUCAGAUCUUCAAAACCCGGAAGUCGGAAGGGUAAUGCCGAUCGGAAAGAAAGAUAUUGGGGAAUCCUGACAAUAAGCGUGUAUAGCCUCACACAGUGGUCUAACUCAACCACUCAUGCUGGAAACACUCAUCUUCACCACUCUCUGUACUGCCUCUAAGCUCUCCAAUGUUCAAUUUCCUCUAUCUGACCACCACCUGCUGAUUAACCCAUACUUAAAUUAUACCACUUGCGGUACACCAGUCCCACAGAAACUACCACUGUCUUUACCUCCAGUAAUUCUCCACCAACCUACAAACACUCCUUUUACCUGUCUCAAGCCUUACCUGUCCUAACUCUGCAACCUCUGUCUACAACACCACCCUCAUUUUUUAACUAGAUAUUAUGACACCUAUUACAUUUAAACAUUGUCAGCAACACUAAGCUGACCCAAUACCUCAAAAAUGCUCCAGAACUGCUGAAUACUGCUAGAGAAAGUCUAAUUCUGCAUCUGAUUUCCUCCACUAUAAAUUCAUGUUACACUUGUACAGAUUGGCUCUUUCAUUUCCAAAAGGAAACUACUUCAAUGUCCUCAUUACCACACUCUCUCAAGAACCCAAACGCCUCUUUCACACUUUAAUAGUUCUUCUUCGCCCUGUUGCUGCUCCUGCUCCUACUAACUUGAACACAACAAACUUUGCAACUCAUUUCACUGAGAAGAUUUUGCGAUCAGGGAAGAUAUCUCUAAUCGCUUACUUACCCCUGCCAAAACUUCCCCCAACCCCACUUUUUCCACAGUAGAGGUUUCUGCUAUGAUUCGGUCCUCCUGUCCCACCACCUUUUCCCUUGAUCCUGUUCCCUUACAUCUCAUUCACACUGUCUCCAUCUCUUGAUCUUCCCCUCACUAAAAAUUUCAAUCCCUCCCUCUCCCCUGGUGUAUUUCCUUCAUACUUCAAGCAUGCAACCAUAACCCCUAUUCUAAAAAAGCUCAAUCUUGACCCGAAUUUUCCAUCCAACUACCGCCCUAUCUCACUUAGACAUGCGCACCAGUGAAAUUUUUGUUUCGUACGAAUGAUUUCUUACUAAAUAAAAAUUUCAUUCGUCAAUCCUGAAUUUCGUCCACAAACCAUUCAUUUUCGAACAAAAUUCGUUGAAAAAUAAUUUGGACAAAAUUGAGCAUGCACAUUUAAAAAAAAAAAAAAGCAAGGAGGGAGCCGACAGCGCUACCAGCUCUCUCCUUGUAAUAAAUAACUAAUCCUACCCCCUGCAUUAAAACCUAUGGGGGUCACUAUUACCCCCAUAUUGAUAAAAGGGAGGUUAAAUCCUGCCGCAUGCCCUAUAGGGGCAUGUCGCAUAAACAAAUUUAAAAGUAUUCAUGACUAGACAGCUAUUGCUGCCCAGUCACUAGUGCAAUAAGGGGGGACCUGGCACAGGUUAAAUCCUGUCGCCUAAACAGCUAACAGCCAGUGGCUACUCGCUGUCAUUUAAAACUGAAUAUAAAAAUCAGUAUCUUACAUAGAAAUGAUCGAGAGAUCCCGUAAGAGUACAUGUAACCAAAAGUUAUAGCAAAAACUAUAACAAUGUUUCAGUAUGAAAAAGUAGCUAUUUAGAUCUAAAUAGCUACUUUGUACAUGGACUCUUACCGUAGCUCUAACACUUCUACAUAGGAUACAUUUAUAUCCAGUGGAUACAUUUAUAGCCAGUGGCUGCUCGCUGUCAUAAAACUAAAUAUAAAUCAGUAUGGGGGACACUAUGACUCCAAUAUUGAUAAAAGGGAGGUUAAUUCCUCCUGCAUGCCCCUACUCACGGCAUGCCGCGAGAAGUGGCAUGUCGCCUAAACAAAUUUAAAAGUACUAGUGACUGGGCAGCUAUGGAAUCCAACCUGGUCCCCACCCACUCAUGGGUAGAGAACAUUAGGUCCCCCUGUUUAUAUUAAUAGCCCCACCCGUGGGUCAUGGGCAAGGGCAGGGGGGGGCACUAUGUCCCCCCCAUUUUAGUUAUUUGUGUUCCCCACCAUGGCAAAAAAGAAAGCAACCAAUCAGAGUGAUGAGUCAAAUUACACAGCAUGGGAAAAUUCAAAAGAACUUUCCCACGCUGUGUUAAAUGACACAGAGCACUCUGAUUGGUUAGAUUUCAAGCUCACCAAUAAGAGUGCUGUGACAGGUAAAUGUAGAGACUUAUUAGGGUAAAUGUAAGGUCUCUAUUAGGGUCUUCACCCGUCGCUCAUAGGUGGGGACCUGGGGGGACAUUAGGUCCCCCCAUUUAUAUUAAUAGGGUAGGAAUGAAUAUUUAUUACAAGGAGGUAGCUUGUAGUGCUGCCGGCUCCCUCCUUGUUUUUGUUGUCGCACAUGCGCACUGUUAUUUCUCCGUGCUGUGGGGGUUGAUUCCCCUGCAGCAUGUAGUCCAUUAAACAAACAAAACCAAAUGAAAAGGUAAUGCAUUCGCCAUUUGCCCUUUCGUUUAGUUUAUAUUUCGUUUGUAGGGCUUUCGUUAAUGUCCUAGUAAACGAAUAUGAAAAAACACGAAUUUUCUGACGAAAUCGUAUUCGUACGAAAACGAAUGCACAUGUCUGAUCUCACUACCAUUUGAUCCAACUUCCUUGUGAGAGUUGUGUAUGCAAGAAGUUCCUUGAAUCUCUCUGCUUGAACUGCUUCAGUCUAGAUUCCGCACUCAUCACUCUAUCGAAACAGCCCUGACCAAAGUAUCAAGUUAUUUAGUUGCUGCUAAAUCCAGUGGUCAUUACUCUCUUCUAAUUCUCCUUCACCUUUCUGCUGCUUUUGACACUGUUGAUAUUAAUGGCUUCUCAUCCUUUGUAACCUUGAGCUACGAGACUCUGAUCUUUCCUGGUUCUCCUACCUCUCCCAGUUCUCUUUCAUUGUUUCUUUUUCUGGCUUUUCCUCUCCUCUGCAACCCCUCUCUGUUGGUGUUCCCCAAGGUUCUGUCCUUGGUCCCCUACUGUCCUCAAUCUAUGCUGCCUCUCUUGGUAAACUCUCCAGCUCCUUCGGCUUCCAAUAUCACUUCUUUGCAGAUGACACUGAAAUCUACCUGUCCUCUCCUGAUAUCUCACCGGCCCUCUUGACUAGUGUUUCUGACUGCAUCUCUGCAAUUUCCAACUGGAUGACACACGUAGGCUGCUUGUUUUCAUUGUUGAGGUCUUUGUGGUGUGUCUCUCGCGUUCGGGUUGGAUUGUAUUAUGAGUUGAGCUAGUAUCUCGAGGUCCAAGUGGCCCAGUGUGAUGGGGAGGUUUGGGGGAAGGACGUAUAACCGGGGGGCCUAGGUAUUCUCUUUGAUUACAAAUUCUCCUUCACCCCUCAUGUCCAGUAAAUUGCCAAAUCCUGCCGCUUCCAUCUCAAAAACAUAGCUCGCAUCUGCCCUCAUCUAACACAGCUAAAGUGCUGGACAAUGCCUCUAUGUUAUCUCGCCUUUACUAUUGUAAUUCGCUUCUCAUUGGUCUCACGCAUUUCCAGUUUGCUCUGCUAUAAUGAACACUAUAAUGAACUCUAUAAUGAACACUGCGGUGAGCCUCAUCUUCCUAUCGACUCAUACCUCCCACACUUCCCACCUCUGUCAGUCCUUACACUGGCUUCCCGUAAGAUAUAGAACUCAAUUUAAAAUAAAAAUUCUGGUAUUUAUUUCCAUAACACUGCUUUGACCUACCUAUUCACGCUAAUACAAAAGUAUGUUCCAUCCAGGCCCCUACAGUAUACCAAGAAAUGCUUCUAUCUCCUGUUCAUGCUCAUACCUCUGACACUCACCUUAAAGACUUCUGUCGGGCUGCAUCGUUCUAAGAAACUACAGUACCUUAUCUGCGUCAUUAGACUCUAACCCAGUCUCCAUACCCUCAAAUCAUUGAAAACCCACUUCUUUAAGAAAACCAAUUCACUUAUACUGUUAUUAAAAGCGCUACGGAAUUUGUUGGCGCUAUAUAAAUGUCAAUAAUAAUAAUUCGCUUUUCUCCCCAAACCUUGGUAUACCACGUCUUGUUAUUGUGUCAUCUUAAAAACGAAGCCUAUUUUGUAAACUAUUCGAACAACCUACUUUUCUUGUACGGAAAAUGCAUCCUACCCCUACCUCUUGUGUCACUUUACCCCACUCCCUCUAAAAUGUAAGGCCCUCAACACCCUCUGUGCCUGUGCAUCCAACUCGCCUUGUUGGAAAUACUUGUCUGUUAGUCUUCCUUUUGUACAGCUCUACGGAAUUUGAUGGCGCUUUGUAAAUAAAUAAUGUGUUUAAAUAUGUUAUGCAUUUGAUGACAUUGCGGACAGACUGGUAUGAUUUAAGUGUCUAUGUCCCCUUCUUUGCACAGUUAUAUUUUAUUGUAGUUUGUGGUUUUUCUGAAUUAAUUCCCAUAUGAUUAUUUUUCAUGAAUGAUAUUGAAUGUGUCACCGUAAAUCUAUAAAACUAUGUAAUGUUGAUAGGUGCUAGUCCUGCGUGGAAAUAAUGUACUGUGUGGAAGUUAGGAACGGUGUGUCCUGUCUGGUUUUAAAUUGUAUUAUUUAUUUAUUAAAGAGAUUUCAGUAGCAGAGUUUUAGGACCUGCUUUGUGGCAGCACUAUUAUCUGUUCCUGGGGAGUGGGGACCUAAAGGACCACUAUACACCCAUAAAGCACUUUAGCUUGGGUAAGAAGAAACCCAUUUUAAAGGCUCCUUAUAAAAGUGCCGGCUUCUUUUAGAAAAAGGAACUUAAAUUAAUAAAAGCAGUUAUGUUGCAUUCCACCCACCCCCCCCUCUCCCACACCCUUCCAUACACCAACAUUACUAUUUCAUAAAGAUUGUAUCUUUAUGAUAUAAUCACAUUGACUGUGUUGGAAUUUUGUGCUUUACACAGUCAGAAGAUAUUGAGACUUAAUACUAGGUAGGUAGGGACUACUUUGUCUCAGUAUUUUUCCUAUGCUUAGCAAAAGGAGGCGUUACCUUUUGUCAAGCUUGUCCUUUCCUCCUGACGUCACCAGUAAUGGCUGUAGGGGGAAACAAUUUGGAGGAUCUAUGUACUCACGCGCAUGUGCAAAAGUCCAGCACCAACAUCAGCUUCGGGCUGCUGAAGCACCAGGAGCUAAAAAGGACCAGAUGGAAGAGGAUGGCGGUGCCGACGAGAGGCAGGAUCACCUCAAAAUAUGCAAAGACCCAUGACGGUGAAAGAGCUGCUUUCAGUAAUGCCUCCCUAGCUGUAAAUCAAACAAUAAGAAUCCUCUGAUUUUAUUUUAUUGCCAAAAUAAAAGCAUUUGACCAGCUACUAGUCCAUUGUGUGUGGACUGGGCUGUUUGUUAUUAAUGUGUGUGUGUGGAUAUUGGCUUUAGUUUUAGGGGGUAAAUAGUGGCCUUAGUGUGUGGGGGAGGGGGAUAGAGAAUGUAGUGUGCAUUGGGAAAUAAGGUUUUUAGUGUGUGGGAGUAAUAGAGACUGUAGUGUAUGUGUGUGUGUGUGUGGGGCGAAUAGUGACUGUAUAGCGCGUGUGCGGAAAAAGGGGCUAGGGUGUGUGGACGUAGGGAUAGGGGCUUUAGGUUACCAUUUUAUUAAAAAAAUAAUUAUAUAUAUAUAUAUAUAUAUAUAUAUGAAAAAACUAUUUUUUUCCCUCUCAUUCUGCUUACUGGUUCUGGGAGGGAGUUGAUCCCUGGUGGUCUAGUGGGCUCUGUAUCUGGUCUGCACAUCUAAGGGCCCCUGGCAUUAGGAUGCAAAAUAAGGCACAAAAAGUCUCAGGCACUCAGUCUAUGACCGAUGGCCUGAGAGCUCAGUCUCUCCAGAGCAAGGAGAGAGGAAGUCACCUAACCGGCUUAACAUGGCCACCACUGUUGACCAUAUUCUGACCAGAGCUUGACUAAUAAAUAUGAGAAUUGCCAAUCCAGCCAUUUUCCAUUGAGUUUUGUCCAUCGGUGAACUUCGCUUUAAUUUAACUUGGCUGUGGUUUAUUAAGCAGUUCUAAUCAUCCCUUGUGAUGAUUGUAACUGCUCUGUGGAAUUAAAUUACUCAUUCUAUAAUCCCCUAAAUAGUCCCCAUAGACUAGAGCAGUGUUUUCCAAAUUCUGACCCUCCUAAUGUUGCUGAAAUACAACUCCCAUGAUUCUCUGGCUAUCUAUUUCAUUCAAAGAAUCACGUUCUUGUUGUUGGUCAGCAAUAUCUGGAGGGACAGAGUUUGGAGAACACUGGACUAAAGUGAGCCUUUCCUAAUUAAAUAGCACACAGAGUGACAUUUAAAAAGGCUCCUUUUUAUAUUAGUUUUUUGCAAAUACAGUAAUGCAGUAUAUAUAAUACGUAAAAAAUAAAAAAAUAUAUAUACAUAGGGUGACAUUUUUAAGUCUUUCAUAUUCCUAUUGUAAAGAAUUAUUUUCACUACUGUUCUUGAUAUGUCCAUUCUCAAAUCUAAUUACAUGAUAUUAUUUUUAUUAAUCAUUUCAUUUCUUGCUCGCAACCUUUGACAUCGGUCAUGCUGCUGGGCAGAGCUCUUCAUGUCUUGCCCAUCAAUACAUACAGGUUUAAAUAUAUUCUAUCUGCAAUCAUUCAGCACAUUUUCCUGGGUUAUAGUGGGCAUUACACACGGUGAGAGCUGGCUAUACAUCAGCUAAGGCGGGGCGAUCCUAAACCAGGAACUGUGUGUCAGGUCGCUUUGAGGAAUGGCUGCUCAGAUUGAAGAAGCCCAGCGGGUAUAUGCCGAGUGUUUCGGGGGCAAGAAGCCCCAGAUUGGAGUAUUCGCCCCAGGAAGGGUUAAUCUGAUCGGCGAGCACACGGACUACAAUGGUGGAUUCGUGCUGCCCAUGGUGAGACCACAGAGCUAGAUCAGUCAGUGUUAGACCCCUUCUCAUGUCAUGUGACAGCCAAUAGAAUGUCACAUGACCCUGCGUUCCAGAAUGAAAAUAACACAGAAUUCUAAAAUGUGUCUGAUUGUUUUCAUUUGGAAUGCAGGAAGUUCCUUCACAAAUGUACACUAUUUUUGCACCAGUUUGAAAAAAAAAAUGAACACAAUGCAGUAUUUAUGUAGAGCAAGCUUAAAAUUGGGAAUUCUUUCCAUAAAUUGAAAUAUUGAGAAAUAAAAACAGUGAUUAGUAUAAAUUAUAUAUAAUAAAAUAAUGUUCUCUCUAUCCCCCAAAAUAUAUUUUGUUAACUCUUCUUGCUUCAAAGUAACUAAAUUAUGACUUGCUCUAUCUAGAAGACAACUUUCAGUGAAAAAUAGUACAAAUGGCGGGGUAGCACUUUUCAUGUCCUGUUCAUCAAACAUGUCUAUACCAUGUGUCCAAAGUGAAUCUGAUUUAUGAUACAAUUUAUGUUUCUACCUUUAUUGUAAUAUGUUUUUAUAUUUUUGCUUGUUUUUUGUUUUAAAUAAAAAAAAUUUUUUUUUUAAAUGUUCAACAACUUGACUGGUGCUUUUCUAUUUGAUUUCUUGCCAUUUGGUGGAAGCACUGUUUGAAUAACAGUUUGUGCAGUCUUCAGAGGCAAUAGUGCUGCCCCGUUAUGAUCACUGUUUACAUGGAGAACUACAACAUAAGACUGGAAGAGCAUCAAAGUGAUCUUUCUUUUUAGAACAUCCUAUAACCCUAUGAUCUUAUAUCCCUGUGCAGGCCCUGCCUCUAUUCACUGCUAUCCUAGGGACCCCCAGAGAUGAUGGGAAAAUUUCCAUUGUGACAAUGGCCGAGGGAGCUGACGAACCUCACAGAGUCGACUUUGCAGGUCCCCAAGAAGGGAAACCUCUAUCACCUGGUUUACCGAAAUGGGCUAACUAUGUGAAGGGAGUAAUACAGCACUAUAGAGGUAAGAGAGGUGCACGUCCAUUAAAACAUUUGGGCGUCUUGCUAUUUGACCACACAUACUGUGUCUUCUCAACCGUUUUAUACCCACAUACAUGGAUACCACUGACAUUGUCUUAUACUCCUUAUAGCUGGACCUAUUCCUGGUUUCAAUGCUGUGAUUACUUCUACUGUCCCGCUGGGUGGGGGACUCUCAAGCUCAGCAUCCCUAGAAGUGGCUACAUACACUUUUCUACAACAAUUGUGCCCAGGUUAGUAUGAAAAUGAAGCCAGCACUCCAAAACAAAACUAGCAAGUACUAGGUGUUUAAUUUUUGUAUUUAUUGUGAAUUUGAAUACAUUUUUUUCUUUUUAAUAAUUAGAACUUUAAGUCAUUUUAAUAUUCACUUUUAUUACUUCAGUGAUUAUGGUGUGCUUUUAGUAGUUGUAUUUUUUUCUGGUUUGUCUGAUGGUAAUUCCUUGUCCUAACUAUCCCUGCUCUUUAUCAAUUGUAGUUACUUGCGUGUUAAAGGGACACCACACUGUCUAAAAAACAAAAAUACAAAAUAAUCUUUUAGUAGAUACACUACCAAGAAAACGUGCAUGCAAUUUAAUUAUGCAUUUUCUCCACUGAGCUAAACAACCAGGAAGUUACAGGACCGGUGCCUAAUAAAAGCCAGAGAGGUGUAACAAGGUUAAAGGGAUUCUCCAGUGCCAGGAAAACAUAUUUGUUUUCCUGGCACUGCAGGACCCUACAGUGCCCCUCUCCCUCCCACCACCAAUCCCAAGUUGCUGUAGGGGUUAAAACCCCUUCAGUGACUUACCGGAGUCCAGCACCGAUGUUCCUCGGCGCUGGGUCAGGCUCUGCCUACUCUCCUCCCCCGCAGAUGUCAGCUGGCAGGGGUGACCUAAUGCGCAUUAAACCUCCCCAUAGGAAAGCAUUAUUCAAUACUUUCCUAUGGGGAUUUCACAUAGCGUGAGGACGUCCAGCGUCGGAUAACACACUUUUUGUGUUCUAAGACAGCCACUAGAGGAGGACUUAACCCUGCAAGGUAAAUAUUGCAGUUUAUGAAAACUGCAAUAAUUACACUUGCAGGGUUAAGGGUAGUGAGAGUUGGCACCCAGACCACUCCAAUGGGCAGAAGUGGUCUGGGUGCCUGGAGUGUCCCUUUAAUUCAUAAAACUUCCAAAUUCUAUUGAAAUCUUAACUUUUUGUAAAAUGAAAAAAAGAGGACAAAAAAGCAGUCCAGCAAGUUAAAGUGCUUCAGGUGCGUGGAGUGUUCCUUUAAAACAUAAUUUUUCUGUUUAUGAUUUUAAUGUUUUAUUUAUUUCUAGUCAUUCCUUAUCUUAUUGAAAACAGCUCCAUAUAUUAUCCAGUUGUUGAUUUUAUUUAACCAGUUUACUAACCAUUGAAAAGCAACUUAAUAACUAAACCAGGGACAGGUUUCGGAUUCUAGAGGAAGGAACAGUGCCUCCGCUAUAUCAUCUGUGGGUACACCAGUUGUGCAAUACAUUUAACAGACCGUACCUUACAUCCCUAUACAAACAUAAAUCUGUACAAAAUCAAGAUUUCACGCGGCUGCCUAUUGGCAGUCGCCUUGACCUCUGUUAUCCGUCAUAUUCUCUGGGAUUUGAGGCUACUGUGUUUAAUGCUACUUCACUGUCCUUUAUCUUCUGCAUUUUACAUCAUCACGGUCUUCUACUGGACUUGCGAGUCCAAACUUAUUUCCGGAUAUUAUUUUUACCCUGCGUGGCUUAAAAUAUUGUAAUCUGUUUUUUACUGUGGACCUGUGUGUCCUACUGCACUGCCUGUUACUUAUGCUAUUGGUUUGCAAUAAAACAGAAAUUAAAAAAAAAAAAAAGUCAGGUUCUAUGGAAAGGCCCAUGUCAUGUUCUCAAUAUACUGAGUUUGUUAAACUGUGACUCUUGUAGAUGAUGGGGACCCCAUACAGAAGGCACUUGCAUGUCAGAAAGCUGAACACACGUUUGCUGGCGUACCCUGUGGAAUCAUGGACCAAUUUAUCUCAGUUUUGGGGAGGGAGGGACAUGCCCUGCUGAUUGACUGCAGGUCAGUCUCACACUGUGAGGAUGGAUCAUGUUGUGAUGUACAUUAGUCUCUCAAUAAUUGUUGGCAUACACAGUGAGAAUCGUCUGAUAGGGCUAGUGGAAACCAUAAAUUCAUUUUAGAUAGAGAUGAUGUAUACUAGGAAACAGUCAUAUCAGGGUAUAUGGUAUGUGAACAAUUGCAUUUAGAAGUUCUCAGCUAGAAACAUAAUCUCUUGCUGCGGAUGCUCCGAAAACAGAUUGCAAAUCUGUAUAUUAUGUCAGUGCUGGUUUAUAUAUAUAUAAUUAGUUAGAAUGUGCGCGUUAAUUGAGGGAGAGUGAAAAUUGUAACGUGAAAUCUGUGUUGAUCAGAGAGAAAUAUGAUUGAUUUCAUCAUUCUUGGUUCUGUGAUCCAACUGGCACUUGAUGUCCGCACCGCACUGCAAGUCCCAGAUAGACUGCUAAUACUAGAGAAUAUUUGUAAGGCUAUGUCAGCAUUAAAUUCCUUGGACAGAAAAACAGACAGUAUGCACUCACUUUUCUUCAAAUGUUGAACACUGAUUCUGCUAAAAUCAGUCUUGUAGCAAAGAAAAGCCAGAUAGUACAGCACUCAUCCGCAAGCAAUAACUCAAAGUGAAGAAGUGUUUUUUUUAGCAUUGAAUUGCCUUACAUUGUCUCUAUUUUUCAAUUAAUAUUUGUGCAUAAGCUCCACCUUCCCCUACCCUCAGACACAUAGGUUCCUCUUUCAGCCAUCCACUACUUGUAUGCUGCUUGUACACACCAUGCAGAUCAGUCUCCUGUACGUGUAGGGGCUGAGUGGUUAGCUUACAUUGAAAGCACUGUUUGCUGGUGUACUGAAAGCUGCUUGCACGUAUCCCUUGAGCACAAUAAUUUUCUGGAUAGGUCAUCAGAGCACAUACAAACAAGUUACUCCAAGAACAGUACUGUUUGCAUUGCAAGCUACUGCACCCUUUAAGGGUAUCAUUAUCUUCAUGGAACAUUCUCAUGGAAUUUCAGACCAUUUUUCUCUUCUCCUUAACUCAGGUCCUUAGAGGUGACUCCUCUCCCUCUGACAGAUCCUGGAUUGGCGGUGCUCAUAACCAAUUCCAAUGUGCGCCACGAGCUGACAGGAAGCGAAUAUCCAGAGCGCAGGAGGCAGUGCGAGGAGGCAGCAAAGGUUCUUGGCAAAGAGACACUGAGAGACGCCAACCUUAGUGAUUUGAAGGGUAAGUGUUUGCCUGUGGCACCUCGCAGAAGGAUGCUUACGACUGUCAUACAAGACACAAUGGUCAUUUUUUUUUUACUGUUUGACAAACUGCUUUACAUGACAAAAUAGAAGUCAAGUGAGCAGUAAUGUUAAAUACAAAUUACAUGGUUUAAAAAAAAAAAAAAUACUGUUCACUGGGGAAUAGCAUAGCAGCAGGCUUUUCUCUCAGACAUUUGUGUUUAUCAUCAAUCUCUCUGCAUGAUGUCAACCUGUUAUUGACUACCAUACUCUCACAACCGAUUGGAGAAGAUAUCUGUUAAUGUUUGAAUUCCAUGCUUGUCUACUAACUGUCUCACUGAGAAGCUGUGAUUGGUCAUGAGCGCCUCACUAAUGUGCACCAAGUGUGGGUAUACUGCAGGGCUCUACAGUAACAGGCACAAUGAUUAUUUGUGUGCAAACUGGUUCAGUAAGAUGCAGUGUAUACAGGUAUAGGAAUGUAUGAGUGUAUUGCAUAGCAUAUUGAAUGUCCUAUACAAGAAAAACAUGCUCACAUAGGGUAGCACAAUAAAACAUUCUUUAUUAAGAUAAAAGUUGUCUACGUACUGACAAAACAUCUGCUACACUAAACAGAUCAAUGUAUCGGAGUCCAUAAAUAUACUUCUGUCUAACAACUGUCUUACAGGAGACCUAAAACCAUAUAUAUUUGUAUUAAAAAAAAAAUUAAAAAAAAAAAUAUAUAUAUAUAUAAUAUUAUUUUUUUUGUAUUGCGACAAUAUCUACCCCUAGAUAGAACUAAAAAUUGGGUUCCCACUGACUUUUGGGCAGUUUGGAGGUAUCUGAUGUAAUGAGGUGCAACAUUAUAUUUAUGGCUGUUUUGAAUCGCUGAUUAAUUAUGUUCCUUUUAGUGAAGGAUUUGAGAAUACUUGUUAUUGAGAUGAUACUCUUAAAAUAUAGUUAGUGACCACUGAUAGUCUUUCUGAAUGCUGGAAAUUUCAGGUAACAUCCCACUGCUUUUUAAAUGGUAACUUAUUUAUGCUUUUUUCGUAGCAAAAAAAGAGAAUCUAACGGGGUUAUGUUACAGACGGGCACGUCACGUGAUCAAUGAGAUCGAGAGGACCACCAAUGCUGCGCAAGCCUUAAAAAGAGGGGAUUACAGAGAGUUUGGGAAAUUAAUGGUAGAGAGUCACAAUUCACUAAGGUAGGCAUGUUAUACUAAUAGACAAACUGCUCCUCUCAUUGGGUGUCUAUACAUUUAUUACUAAAUUAGUGGCUCACAGUUUGAGUAACUCUCUCUUACUUAAUCUGUUUUGUCGAACUAGUGAUAUGUUAGGACUUGUCUCUCUUUCAGUGUGUGUGCUGUGAGAGUUGGACUGUGUGUGUGUUUUUUUUGUUUUGUUUUCUGGUUGAAGAAAGACGGGAUGUAUACAAGAUGAUAAACUCCUACAUAUGUAAUUUCCAUCAUCCAAUGAUUAAUACAGAAAAUAAUCAUCUGGUUUGCAAGCCACAAAAUAAAAUAAUUUAACAGAAAUAUUUAAGGGUUUUAAACCUAAAACAUGCAGAAACCACCCAUGGUAUAUGGACAGAGUUCUCUUGGACAGCCUCUCUUUUCCACAAACAUGGGGAACACUCGAAGCACCAUAACCACUACAAUUAUGGCAGAGGAGUGCCCUGGUGCCCUACACAUGUAAGUAGUGAAACCAUUUGGUAACGUUCAAUUGGAGUCCAUCAGAAACUGGGCACUCUCUCUUUUGAGAGUCAGUUUUGUUCAGUGUGAUUGUGUUUAUGGAGACCUCUCCUCUAUGUGUGGCUGUCUCAGUAGAACCCUCUCCUUUCUGACUGUCUAACUGCCCUGUUUGGUCUAAUUGUCUCAGAGGGUCCCUACCCUGCAUUGAGUGCAUGUCUCUGGCAGGCUGAUUGACUCUGGGUGUCUGUUCUUGUUAGUGACAACAUAACUCCAUGGAUAUCUCUUUUCUGUAGAACAUAUUUAGAGAGUCUCUGUCUGUCUUCAUCUUUGUGUACUGACAAGCAUUCAAUUUGGUGGAUUUUUAGAACUUUAAUUAUUAAAUGAACACUAGAGGCACCAUAACAACUCCAUCUUGUUAUGGUGCCUAGAUUCUUUUAAGCUCAACAAAUUCUGCAAUGCUGUAAUAUGGGGGAAUGACUUAAUUAAAUGAUGAUAGAAAAAUGGCGUACAAUAACCAGAGAUGACCCAACAUCCUGCGGAACCACGGAACUCCAUUUUGUAUAUGACAAUAAAAUUACGUCGGCAGACAGUUUUAUCUUGUUCCAAAUGAUCGGCUGACACCUGUGCCUUUCUAGGGAUGAUUAUGAGGUUAGCUGUCCAGAACUUGAUGAAUUGGUAGCCAUAGCGCUGGAGAUACCUGGUGUGUAUGGUAGCCGAAUGACCGGCGGAGGGUUUGGAGGCUGCACAGUGACUUUGCUGGAAGCAUCUGUAGCUGAGACUACCAAGCAAAAAAUUCAGGUAACGUGAGUGGGGGCAGUGGGUAUUGUGUAAUAAAUUGAUCUGUCUUCAAGGACAAACCUACAGUAAUCAACACAAAUAAAAUAAACCUAACGUUAACAUUCUAAAAUGUGCCUAGUAGGUUUUAAGAUGUAUAAGUUAGAAGAUAUUACCCUGCAUUUAAACAAAUCUUGUUUCUGUUUUUUAAAUACACAGUAGCGCUGCGUUCCUGUAGGAGAUUAACUGUGAGACUCGAUUUUCACAGUAGAGGCAUAUUUAACCCUGCAAUGUAAGCAUUGCCAUAUUUGCUAAACAGCAGUGCUUUACAUCACAGGGUUAAAACGUAAGGACCACUGCACCCAAACUACUCCAUUGAAAUGAAGUGGUGUGGGUGCUGUUAAUGGUCAUUUAAGCCUAAAAAAACAUGCUGGUGGGAUGGCAGGAUAUGUUGAUGUAUAUAUUUCCUUACAAUCGGUAGCUGCCUUUCUACAUCUGCUCCUUUGAGAUACACUGACUCAUUAAAUACAUCACUGUAUAUGUGAUAAUUGCUCUAUUAUGAGAUUUUUAGAUAAUGUGUCCAUUCUAGUAGAAAGUAAAGCCUCUGUUUACAAAAACAAUUUUCAUUCAACUAUUAUUUGGAACACUAAACAUUCACUCCCAGCAAUCACACCAAAAGACCAACGCGAAACGCGUCUUGUGCCCUUCUAGGCCUUAUACCUACUUUUUCCGCCCCUUCCCGCCAUUCUUUUAGGUGCAGGGAUUUAGGGUUACAUUGUUAGAUUUUUUUUUUGUAUGUCUAUGUCCGUAUUCCUUGUCACAUAUGAGGUCUGUUUUACCAUGUUGUGUAUUUUAUAAAUAACCAAAGUAUUUCGAAGGAGCUGCCUUAAAGGCAUUUUCUGGGUUUACUUCUAGUGUGGCCAAUUCUGGACUUUGUGGGAUCUACUUCUUAGUGUUUAGAUUUUAAACAAAAUCAGAUUUAAUACGAAUGUAAAACACUUGUAUGAAAAUGCAUUUUAUUAUCACAAAGAGUUAACCAGCUUUUUUUUAAAAAUGGCAAUCUGUAAACUAAGCAGAAAGCAAUGACACUUGAAGAAUCAUUUCAACAUACAUGUGACCAUCCCUUGUUCUAUGUUAUUUAGUAACCCUCCAUUGUCUCUGCCCACAGGAGAAAUACAGAGGUUCGCCAACAUUCUACAUUACCAAACCAUCAUCAGGCGCUGGGGUGCUGCCAUUGUAAACGUGAUCUGGAGUAUGAUGUCAUGCCAUCCUAAUAUAAAAUAAACAUGUCUUUUCUCUACACAUCUAGAUGUGACCGCAGUAUGUGAUACUGAUUGGCAAACAUUCUUAUUGUUUCAUUUCUGUGUCAAAGGGAAGAAAAUGUCCCACUAUUUCCUCACCACAAUAGAAAAAAAAGAAAAUACUGUUUAGUUCUUUAGUUCACUUUUACAUUCAAAAUCCUCACCACAUUAUUAAUAUUCUUUGGGUUUAUUAUAAACACAUUUUUUUUGUUUUACUUACAUGUUCAGCCUGAUGCUGUAGGUUUGAAACCUCUAAGACCAUUUAUGGUCAACUCUUUGGGAGAGUUGUAGGGCUGUGGAAUAUGUUGGCGCUAUAUAAAUAAUUGUAAAUGUAAGGCCUUGACACCACUUCUCUUUUUAUGUAAAACACAAGGAAACCUAUUUAGAAAAAGAAAAUGCCAUGACAAUUUAUUAAAAGUCAAGGCAAUGACUAGAGGCAUUUCAUUGGUUCCACACGAUUGCUUCAGGAUUCUACAUCUGUCCCUCAAUUGCUGUUUUACAUAAUACCCAUCAAGUCCGAAAUUUACGUUCUAGUCCCACCUAUAUUUUGGUCAUUGAUCAAAUGGUGAUAAAUGUGGAUGUCCGUCCUGCCUACCUACCUACACUGUGUUUGGUAAAAGAACAUCAUUAUUAAUAUUGUAAAGCGCUACACAAUCUUUUGGCGCUAUAUAAAUGGCAAUAAUAAUAAACAUUAUAAUGUAUCAAUGUAACUAUUAAGAUCACUUUUAGCAAAAUAUGUAAGGUUCAAAACCAGAGUUGCGCUAAGAGACAAUGGGCAUUUUUCUGGGAACAGGAAGUAUCUGGAAAAUGGGGUAAGACUUAUGGCUCCACCAAUCCCAUUUAUUCUCCUUCUCUAUCCACUUGUGUUUGUUUGUUUUGGGAUCUGGGGGGAUCCUGUAGUCAUGCCCCUUAAGGUAUAUUGGAUUAAACUCCAGCCCUGACCUCACAAGCCCCCAGUACCAAUAUCCCUUGUAACAAAACGAUAAAAAUCAAAGCACCUUUAAAGCAGUUUCUCUUCAGGACAUCCUGACACACGUUAAAAUUAUUUCAUUUGGUCUGUAUAACUUUUUUUUAUACUCCUUUUGGAAAAGUCAUCCCAGAUUCUACAAUAUUUUCUCAUAAAAUGUACAUAGUUCUUUUUUUUUCCUCUACACCUUAAUGUUUAAAAUGGCAAGUUAAUAUUUACACAGUAAAAAAUAUUUAAGUAAAACUCAGUACAUAGCGUCCCUUAAAGGGCAGCAAUCGAAAAGCUGUAAAGUGCAGGGGUUAUUGUGACCGGUGUAGUAAUCUCAAUAAUCACUCCAUCAAAGAAUCCCAGUAAAGACAUUUUGAUACUGGUUCUGCCACCCUGAAGUGUUUUCCUUUUCUAGAAUUCUAAUUACGAAAAACACAUUCGGUGUACGAACUGGGGGUUGAAUGAGCGUAAGCACAUAACAUACUCUUGCAGCAGUAAAAGGGUUAAAGGCAGCGGUGACAAAAUGUCACCCUUAAGUGAUGAGCAAGGUGAUGACCCAUUGUCCACAUGUGAUAGGUGAUUAUGGUGCACAAGCUUGCGGGUAGUUUUAAGCCUCAUAGAAUUGGCGUUCCACCUGCCGGCUGAGAGAACCUCCUGACAUCAUGGUCCGUGUGACAUACUCUUUGGUGACCUGCUGUGUAACAGUUCCCGAGCUUUCCAUACGGCGAGUGCUAACCAGUGAGCCAUCUAAAAAGAAUGGAAGAUACCAGUGCUUAGACAUUGUAACAUAUAUACUAUGAUUUUAUAUUUUAGACAUGCAUAGUUUUAGCCACAGGGGGGAGACU